AUGUCGCUGCCGCCGGAGAAGGCGUCGGAGCUGAAGCAGCUCAUCCAGCAGCAGCUGCUGAAGAUGGAUGUUCAUGGCAGGAUCAGAGAAGUUCUUGCUGAGACUAUUCGUGAGGAGUUAGCACCUGAGCAUCAACAGUUGUCCACAGAAGACCUGAUGAAAGCCUUAAGACAGCGAGGAAUCAUUGAUGACGUUAUGAAAGAACUCAAGUUUGUAACCGAUGUGGACGAGAAGGAGAGGACUUCAGCUCCACCAAAACCUUCUACACAUUUUAUUGACAGAGAACCACCAAUUCUGAAAAAAGCUAAUAUUGACCCAACACGGAGGUAUCUUUACCUUCAGGUUUUGGGUGGAAAAGCUUUCCUGGAACAUCUUCAGGAGCCGGAGCCUUUGCCUGGGCAAAUCUGUUCUACCUUCACUCUGUGUUUACAUUUUCGGAAUCAGCGCUUUCGAUCUAAACCUGUCCCCUGCGCCUGUGAGCCAGAUUUUCAUGAUGGUUUUUUACUUGAAGUACACAAGGACAGCCUAGGUGAUGGAAGUAAAAUGGUGGAUGCGACAGCGAUGUUAUCAAUAUCAGAUCCAGUACAUAUGGUUCUGAUCAGAACAGACACUUUUGGCGAGACCACACUAGUAGCGUCCUAUUUCUUGGAAUGGCGAUCUGUCCUGGCUGCAGAGAACGGUGUAACAAACGUUGCUGUUGAGCUCCUUGGUGUAGGUACAGAAUCAAAGGUCUCUGUCGGCGUUUUAAAUAUCAGACUUGAAAUAUAUCCACAGCUAAACAAGGUGCUGUCUCCAGAAAUCACUAGUACUCAAUUUUCUUUGGAACGACAGAAAACAGCAGAAAAAGAACGAUUAUUUCUUGUAUAUGCUAAGCAGUGGUGGAGAGAAUACCUGCAGAUUAGGCCUACACACAACGUAAGGCUAGUAAAGAUUUUUGCACAGGAUGAAAAUGGGAUAAACCGUCCAGUGUGUUCGUACAUCAGGCCGCUCCGAGCGGGCCGGUUGCUGGACACGCCUAGACAAGCCGCGCGCUUCGUCAGCGUCCUGGGCUACGAGAGAGCGCCUGUCAUCGGAGGCGGCGGCGGCAAGCAGGAGCAGUGGUGCACCCUUCUUGCUUUCCUCUGCAGAAGCAAGGGUGACUGUGAAGAUCAUGCUAACCUUCUGUGCAGUCUUCUCCUUGGAUAUGGCUUGGAAGCAUUUGUGUGUGUAGGAACAAAAGCAAAAGGAGUCCCUCACACUUGGGUUGUGACUUGUGGGACUGAUGGAACCAUCACUUUUUGGGAAAGCUUAACAGGACAUAGGUACAUCCACCAUCCUAUCAACCCUGAUGACCCUCCUGUAGCUCAGCAGCCCAAGCCUCUGUAUCCUUAUCGCACCAUCGGAUGUGUCUUCAACCAUCACAAAUUCUUUGGAAAUUGCCAGCCCUCUGAUGCUGUGGAGCUCUGUGUGUUUGACCUGCACGACGAAUCUAAAUGGAAACCCAUGAGCGGAGAAGCAAUAAAAUCUGUGUGUUCCCCUGGAACAGUAUCUUCGGUUCCCCCUUUUCCUCCUCUCUGUGCUUCCACAAUAGAUGCUGCAAUAACAAGCAAUGAGAUAGAAUUGCAGCUGAGAAUACUAGUCUCUGAACACAGAAAGGAUCUUAACCUUUCUACUGUUUGGGACGACCAGCUAUCCUAUCUGCUGUCCCCAGCAUUAGCAGCCUAUGAGCUUGAGCGUGCAACAAGCAUUUCUGCAGGAAAUGAAGAGUUUCAAGAUGCUAUAAGAAGAGCAGUACCUGAUGGUCACACGUUUAAAGGGUUUCCUAUCCAUUUUGUAUACAGAAAUGCCAGGAGAGCAUUUGCCACGUGCCUUCGGUCUCCUUUUUGUGAAGAAAUAAUCUGCUGUAGAGGAGACCAAGUGCGUCUUGCAGUUCGUGUCCGAGUGUUUACUUACCCUGAAUCUGCAUGUGCUGUUUGGAUCAUGUUUGCUUGUAAAUACCGCUCUGUACUUUGAAAAACAAGGUCAUUCUUCCCUUUUUAGAUCAACGAAAUUAUGUAUGAUAGUAUAAAAUG